AAAUCAGCGUGGCCCUGGGCUCGGGUGCUGGGGCUGUGAUGUCCUUGGAAAGUCAGCUCCAGAACCCCGCGCGUCCAGGCGCUGGGCGAGGGUCGGGGACACCAGGUUUGUUCGAGGUGGGGCAAUUUAAGCUAUGGCCCCCGCGUUAAUCCCCCUCCAGCCUCCCAUCUCCAACUGCCAGUGAUGUGUUUGUCUUGGCCGGGGGUGGGGUGGGGUGGGGAGGGGAGCCGAAUGUAAGGAGGGGGUGGCGUGAUGCGGAGGAGGGGACCCAGCUCCGCCAAAGAAGACCCUGAGCUGGAGGGAAGGAGGACGCGGGGAUCUGGGACUGCCUCCCGCCGGCAGCCGAUCCCCUGCUCAGCGCCCGCUGGGGAAUCUCUCUUGGGUAGAGGGAAAGGGGGCGGGGAUCAGAGGUGUCCCUCUGACGGUAGCAGAAGAAGCAGACAGACUGACAGACACGCAGCCAACAGUGCGGCCUCAGGGUUCGUCCCCAGACUCUCAAGCUCACUUGGUGGCGACUGGGGCCCGGCGCUGAGAAGCCUGAUGUGGUCCGGAGGCAGUGGGAAGGCUCGGGGCUGGGAGGCCGCGGCGGGAGGGAAGAGCAGCCCCAGACGGCUCAGCCGCCGCCGAAUCAUGUCGAUGAGUCCAAAGCACACGACUCCGUUCUCAGUGUCUGACAUCUUGAGUCCCCUGGAGGAAAGCUACAAGAAAGUGGGCAUGGAGGGCGGCGGCCUUGGGGCUCCGCUGGCGGCUUACAGGCAGGGCCAGGCGGCACCGCCGGCCGCGGCCAUGCAGCAGCACGCCGUGGGACACCACGGCGCGGUCACCGCCGCCUACCACAUGACAGCAACGGGGGUGCCCCAGCUCUCGCACUCCGCCGUGGGGGGCUACUGCAACGGCAACCUGGGCAACAUGAGCGAGCUGCCUCCCUACCAGGACACCAUGCGGAACACCGCCUCGGGCCCCGGAUGGUACGGAGCCAACCCAGACCCGCGCUUCCCCGCGAUCUCCCGCUUCAUGGGCCCGGCGAGCGGCAUGAACAUGAGCGGCAUGGGCGGCCUGGGCUCACUGGGGGACGUGAGCAAGAACAUGGCCCCGUUGCCAAGUGCACCGCGCCGGAAGCGCCGGGUGCUCUUCUCCCAGGCGCAAGUGUACGAACUGGAGCGACGCUUCAAGCAACAGAAAUACCUGUCAGCUCCGGAGCGGGAGCACCUGGCCAGCAUGAUCCACCUGACACCCACGCAGGUCAAGAUCUGGUUCCAGAACCACCGCUACAAAAUGAAGCGCCAAGCCAAGGACAAGGCGGCGCAGCAGCAACUACAGCAGGACAGUGGCGGCGGCGGAGGGGGCGCUGGGUGCCCACAGCAGCAGCAAGCGCAGCAGCAGUCGCCGCGCCGUGUGGCGGUGCCGGUUCUAGUGAAAGACGGCAAACCCUGCCAAGCGGGCGCCCCGGCCACUGGGGCAGCCAGCCUGCAAGGCCAUGCGCAGCAGCAGGCUCAACAGCAGGCGCAGGCGGCUCAGGCGGCCGCGGCGGCGAUCUCGGUUGGCAGCGGCGGUCCCGGCCUGGGUGCACACCCGGGCCACCAGCCGGGCAGCGCCGGCCAGUCUCCGGACCUGGCGCACCACGCUGCCAGCCCCGUGGCGCUGCAGGGCCAGGUCUCCAGCCUGUCCCACCUGAACUCCUCGGGCUCGGACUACGGCACCAUGUCCUGCUCCACCUUGCUAUAUGGUCGGACCUGGUGAGAGGACGUUGGGCUGCAGCUUGCCCAGCACACUGCCUCAUCGCUUCUCCUCUUGCCCGCCACACACGUCAACCACCCGGCUCUCCAAGCGCUUCGGCUUUUCUUAAGAACCUGUCCGGUUUAGACCAAGGGAAAAAACACAAAGGCCAAACUGCUGGACGUCUUUCGUUUUUCUUUUUUCUUCUAAAAUGUGUGGGAUUUUUUUUUAAAAAAAAAAGAAAAUAAAAACUAAGAGAAUCCAGUUCUUUAAAGAGCCUUUAAACAGAGACGGACAUAAGAGCAACUUUCGGGGUGUCCUUUAGGUGAUUCAGAGAGGCCUCCCACGCCCGGACGGGCAGAGUUUGGAGCGGGAUCUGUGCUGGCAUGGCUCUGGACUCCAAAGGUCGCAAACUUCAUUCUGGGUUCCCUGUGCCAGCAAGGUGGACUCGCUUGUAAAUACCAGAAUUUCUUUGAAGGGGAGUCGGGGCUGGGGAGAGGAAAGACAGUUCUACAGAACCCGCUUGUCAGUGACACAGGAAAUGCCCCCUCCCAGCAAACUCCGCUGCCCAGGCUCAGCCUGCCAGCCCUGGCUAAAACUGUUUUAUGUUUGAUGUGAACUCGUAGCUGUAAAACCCUGUCAAAAGUUGGACUAAACGCCUAGUUUUUAGUAAUCUGUACAUUUUGUUGUUAAAAAAAAAAAAAAAACCAUUCCCACCCCCUGCCCAUCAUAUUUUUUAUGGGCACUGACAAAUCUGUGUAUAUUAUUUGGCAGUUUGGUAUUUGAAACGUCAGUCUUUUUCUGUUGUAACUUAUGUAGAUAUCUGGCUUAAAUAUAGUUCUUAAGAAGCUUCUAAUAAAUUAUACAAAUUAAAAAGAUGCCUUUUCUGAUUAAAAACCCA